AUGGAAAGUCUGUUUGUGGAGACAGCUGCCUCAAGCCGUAGUCAAUCUCUACACCGUCUCUCAAUUGGGCAACAGUCACCAUCAGAAGAAUCACCACGUCAGUACUACCAUGCGACUGGUACAGCUCGACGGCCAUCAGGUCAAAGCCUGCCUCCCGCACAACCUGUGGGUAGUAUACGUCUGAGUGAUACUGAAAGUUACUUAUAA